AUGUCUUAUGAUAUGCUGAAUACUUUCCUUAAUUCAACACCUUAUGAUAUUUUGGUUCAGAAUGAACGGGGAGUAACUUUAUUUGGCUACCCGUUUUUUUCAACUUCAUUUUUGUUACCAGGUGUUGAUCCACCUAGUUACCAAUUAUCUUUAUUCGAUAAGUCUACUAUCCACACUAAGAGAUCGUUAGUUCCUUUAAGAAAUUCUUCAUCUUUACAUUCAGUUACUGAACUGUAUCCAGUAACAACUCCAUUAGACGCGAAGGAAAAAUGGUAUGUAUCAAUGGACUGGUCAGGUGAAAUAAAAUCUGGCACAGGUCUUGCUGAUGUCGAUGAUCAAGGUUGGACCUAUGCUUGGUCAUUUAUUGCUGAUCGGUGGAAGUCUAGUAAAGGCCUAGUCCGCCGUCGCAUCUGGGUUAAGCUACCUGAAACAGAUCUGUAA